CAUAAUUAUUAAAAUGGGGGGUUCAUCUAGUAGGCCUCUAACGACUAGUUUAAAGCACUGCACUCUGUGGAAAGCAGACCGCAGCCCUGCGUGUCGUGCAGUCUUGAUGGCAUUGGAUGCUAUGAACAUCGAUGUUCAUGAAGUAGAUGUCAACAUGGAUAAAGAAGAACAUAAAAGUCCUGAAAUACUUUCUAUGAACCCUCUUCAAACAUUGCCGAUUUUAAAGGAUAGAGAUUUAAUAAUAAGUGAUAGCCAAGCCAUCACGACGUACCUGGCGUCCCGGUAUUGCACGGAGAUGAGCAAGUUCCUGCUGCCGCCGGGUCCUUCCAGUCGCGCCCUUGUCGACCAAUUCCUGCACUUUAACAGCAGCGUGCUUUACCCGCAGUACAAGGCGGCUUCUAACCCAAUUCUGCAUGGCACACUGCGCAUUGUAGACGAGAAGACGAACGACGAGAUCCAGUGUGCGUACGCUGACAUGGAGCGUAUGCUAGCAAAGCGAGCGUGGUUCAGCAGCGGCAACUGGCCUUCUCUCGGCGACAUUUCGCUCGCCGCCACCGUCAGCACUCUCGACGUACUCGUGCCCAUCGAUGUCAGCAAUUUUCCCAAGCUAUCCUGUUGGCUGCAUCGCAUGGCUGAGGAGAAGUUCUUCUGCACUGCUAACAAGAAAGGACUCUCAGAAUUCAAGAGAAGAAUAGAAUGUGGCAAUUGUUUCAAUCACAAUGAAUCCAAAUAUCCACGGAACUCUGAAGAUCGUCGGAACAACAUUUCAACUACGGAACCUACAACCACAUAG